AAAACUGUAAACAAGUGCAGUGGGCUUUGCAGAAGGAAGCUGUGGUUUCUGGUCUUCCUGCUUGCUCAUGUUUUUUUUCAGAGGGAGGGCUAACAUCUGACCAUAUUUUUCUACAAGUUCAAGAGAGAGUAGAGAAUGCACCAGAAGGUGAGGAACCAGAAUUCCUCCAAAGAAAUUGCUCCUCAAACUGAGUCUCCAACGGGGUAUUCCAUGGAGAAUGAGCCUGGAAUUGUGUCGCCAUUUAAACGAGUAUUCCUAAAAGGUGAAAAGAGUAGAGAUAAGAAAGCCCAUGAGAAGGUGACAGAGAGGCGCCCUCUGCACACUGUGGUGCUGUCAUUACCCGAGCGCGUCGAGCCAGACAGACUGCUGAGCGACUAUAUUGAGAAGGAGGUAAAGUAUUUAGGUCAGUUAACAUCUAUACCAGGAUACCUGAAUCCCUCCAGUAGGACUGAAAUCCUGCAUUUCAUAGACAAUGCAAAGCGAGCCCACCUGCUUCCUGGACACCUGACCCAGGAACACGAUGCUGUGCUCAGCCUGUCUGCCUACAAUGUCAAGCUGGCCUGGAGGGACGGGGAGGACAUCAUCCUCAGGGUGCCCAUCCACGACAUUGCUGCUGUCUCCUAUGUUCGAGAUGAUGCCGCACACCUGGUGGUCUUAAAGACAGCCCAGGAUCCGGGUAUCUCCCCAAGCCAGAGUCUGUGUGCGGAAAGUUCCAGAGGCCUCAGUUCAGGCUCCCUGUCGGAGAGUGCAGUGGGGCCAGUGGAAGCAUGCUGCCUGGUCAUCCUGGCUGCAGAGAGCAAGGUUGCCGCUGAAGAGCUAUGCUCCCUGCUUGGUCAGGUCUUCCAGAUUGUUUACACGGAGUCCACCAUCGACUUUCUGGACCGAGCAAUAUUUGAUGGGGCCUCUACACCCACCCACCACUUAUCCCUGCACAGCGAUGACUCUUCCACAAAAGUGGAUAUUAAGGAGACCUACGAUGCAGAAGCCAGCACCUUCUGCUUCUCUGACUCUGUGGAUGCUAGUGGCCUGCCGCCCUUGUCCUUCUGCAUGCAGGCAUCACCCCACGGCAAGACUGUCAGUGAGAGUGAGUUGAGCACCAGUGCCACAGAGCUGCUACAGGACUACAUGCAGACGCUGCGCACUAAGCUGUCGUCGCAGGAGAUCCAGCAGUUUGCUGCGCUGCUACAUGAGUACCGCAAUGGAGCCUCCAUUCAUGAGUUUUGUAUUAGCCUACGGCAGCUCUAUGGAGACAGUCGCAAGUUCCUGCUGCUUGGUCUGAGGCCCUUCAUCCCAGAGAAGGACAGCCAGCACUUCGAGAACUUCCUAGAGACCAUUGGUGUGAAAGACGGCCGUGGCAUCAUCACUGACAGCUUUGGCAGGCACCGGCGGGCCCUGAGCACCACAUCCACCUCUACCACCAAUGGGAACAGGGCCACAGGCAGUCCCGAUGACCGGUCAGCACCCUCAGAGGGGGAUGAAUGGGACCGCAUGAUCUCAGACAUCAGUAGUGACAUUGAGGCGUUGGGCUGCAGCAUGGACCAGGAUUCAGUGUGAUGGGCAAUGGAGCACCCAUCCCUACCAUCCCAGGCCGCCCCAGGAGUUGACCUGAGUAUUAGCCCUUCCUGCUGGCUAGGAGCUGGGGAGCGGCUGCAGGCACAGGUGGCCCUGGGCGGCCAGGUCCUCUACUGUGAAAGAGCACAGAGCUGCCGCAGGACGUGCCCUGAUCCAGGGCGGAAGGCUCUGUGCCUCAUCCUCUGGGGCUCAGACAUACCUUGCACCUCCUGCUCUGGGAGGGCCAGGCCAAGCUGGCAAGGAGAGCCAGUCCUGAUAGCCUGGCUCUGGACAGCUGUCAAUUUUGCACAUGAUGUUCCUGUUGUUAACUCUCAGAGACCUUAAAAAAUGUUUACUACAAUGUGAAUAAUUUAA